UCGCCCCCACUCACUCACGGCGUUCUUUCCGAGCACUCACGGAAAGCCUCGAACCUCUCUCUUCCUCUUUUUGUUAAGAAUUAUAACUCCUCUCUCUUUCUCUUUUGUCAAGAAUUAUAACUCUUCACUCUUUCUCUCUCUCACGCCGUUCUUUCCGAGCCCUUAUCUGAAAGCGGAAAGCCUCGAACCUCUCCCUAGUCUUCUUCCUCAUUUUGUUCUUCUCCCCCGACCGACGCCAUUCACCACACGGAAGCCGUCGACACCACCCACAACACGGUUGCCUUUCUCCACGGGCCGCUCGUCCUCCUGCCGGCAGCCCUCCCAUUCUCCUUCUUUUUUCCUCUCCUGAUCGCUCCUCUCCCUCGUGCGUCGUCGCCAUCGCCGCUUCUCCUUCACGCGCAAGAGCCGGAGUUAACCCCCGGCAGCCCUCCCUCUUCCCCUUCUUGAUUUCCCUUGUCCCUUUCCUCUAUUCGGUGGUCGUCGUCACUCGAAGUCGGGAGAAGGGCCGAACACAGUCUCCCUUAUUUUUCUCUCUUUCUUUUCUUCCUCUCUUGUUCUCACACGGAAGCCACCGCUGUCAUCCGAACCGCCGCUGUUGUCAGCCAAGAAAGUGGGACAGUCGGCCCUCUUCUUCCUUUUCCUUUCUCUCAGAUUAUUUCCCACUGCUUUUAGCCGAGCCAAGAGGGACCACUGACCUCUUCGUAUCCUUGUAAAAACGAACGAAGCCAUUAUCACCAAAUUAAAGGUGAACAAGUGGUAUAUAAAUCUGAGGACUAUUUAGUAUCUCAUUAUGUCUGCCUUACAUACUUCUGAAUAUGAUUAUGAAAUGAGGGCUUUGCAAAACUUGUUUGAUGUAUUUGGUAAAGUUUGUUGUCUUGAAGAGAUAGCAUCUGCUUACUGCAAGGCAGGACGUGAUGAAUCCAAGGCAGCUGACAUACUGGCUCGGCAGCAAGGAAGUAGUAGUUCUGGUGAAUCGUAUGCACAAUUUGGAAAGCAAUUUCUUCAAUCAGUGGAGUCACUAGAUGAAGGAAGGCUCAAGAAUUCUGCCUACCAGGGAAAAACUUCCUGUGGAACAAAGCCCAAAAAGUUCAGUGCUUCAGCCGGUUCUAUAUCAAGUGUUCUGGGUAAGAAUUAUGUGAAUGGAGUCUCAUCAUCUUGGAAUAGACCAAAUGUAACACAGAAGCCGCUUAAGAUUGAAAUCAAGGAACCAAUGCCAUGUGGAUAUUAUGAAUCGUCUGUGCUAAAGUCUGUUCAAACAAAUGAUUUUCUUGAAGACAAUGAUGUUGAAGACUUCCUCUUCUCAAUGCUUGGGGAUGGAUUCAAACUUAGCCGGGAUGUGAUACGCAAUGUGCUUGGCAUUUGUGGAUAUGACAUGAAGAAGAGUAUGGAAGAAUUAUUGGAACUAUCUUCCAGAAACUUGGAAAAGGGCAAAUCAGUUGAGUUUGAUGAAUUGGGAAAGCUCACAGGCAAAGGCUUAGAGAUGGAGAACAAUUUUUGCCAAAAUUCUAGUUCCAACUCUUCAUCUAGUGUUAGAGAUAUUCCCAUACACUCUGGCAUGGAACAAAAGAAUGCUAAUCUCCCAAAUGAGGUGCUACAAUCAUUGUUCAAUGUUCCUGAGAGGUCAGAGGAACCACAGAAAACCCGUACACGAAUCGGUACACGAAUCGGUCUGAACAGAACAAGAGUUGUUAAAGAAAAGUCAGUGAAAGAACCACUGGAGGACUUUUACUCAUCAUCCACAAUUGAUCAUUCAAAUAUGAUGCAUGGUGGUCUAGUUACCCAAGAAGAUGAUGAUUAUGAAGCCCUCAGGAGAUCUGUCAAGGAGAAUUGGGGUUUGAUGAAGCAGUAUUAUGAAGCCGCUGCUGAUGCUUUUGUAAAGGGUGAUCCAGCAGUCAACUAUCUUCGAGUGGAAGGUAACAACUAUGCUCAGAAGGCUCGAGAAGCAGAUGAAAAAUCUGCUGCAAUGCUACUACAACCAAGAAAGUCUAGUAACAAAGACAAAGUCACUCUUGAUCUAGAGCCACAUCGUUCAAGGGAAGCUUUGGACUUGGUCAAAUUACACCUCCGUCAAUUGGCUGGUAUUCCAACUUUUAAAUGUUUAAAGCUUGUCUUUGGUGCUGAUGGUGGGGAUAGCAAGAAGGCAAAAACAAGACGUCUGUGCUGAAAUGGAUUUGCAAAUGAAAAAGAAAGAGAGGAUAAGAUAUAAAUAUUGGUAAUUGGUUUGCUACAUUAGCAGGUUUACAUAUCCUUUCUGAUUCUACUUUUAAACCAUCCAUUUUGUCUCGACUUUCCUAUGCAUAUUAUUGUUUGUUGGCUUGCACUGAUACGGCUAUUGCCCACCUCUCCCUUGUAGCGGGUAUGCUGAAAUGGAUUUGCAAAUGAAAAAAAAAGAGAGGAUAAGAUAUAUAUAUAUAUAUGUAUGUAUAUAUAUAUAUAUUGGUAAUUUGUUUGCUACAUUAGCAGGUUUACAUAGUCUUUCUGAUUCUACUUUAAACCAUCCAUUUUAUCCAUGAAAUUUGUAUUAGCAAAAUCUCGCCUCUUCAAAUGAAAUUUCAGCAACUUUACCUAGGUCCAAGGAGAUAGCAGCCAUAGUCCUUACCCUCUAGGAAAAUAGACUUAUUAUUGUUGGUGCAUUUCAUCGAACUUUGAUUUUUUUGUUCUUUUAUUUCGUUAAUAUGGAUUGUACAAUAAAACUGGCUUUUCUUUUGUGCAGUCAUAUAAUACCUAAUCUUGAUGUUAUCGCUGCAUGAAAAGAGUGACAUUACAAUUUAUUCUGUCCAUCAACAACUUGGCAUCAUUUUGUUUAAUGGAAAUCUACAUUUGAUGAGAUAUGU